CUCAGAAGGGGCGGAGCAACGAGCGGACGGUGACUCAGUAUCAUUACACCCAGUGGCCCGACAUGGGCGUCCCAGAGUUCGCUCUGCCGCUGCUCAGCUUCGUCCGCAAGUCGUCCAAAGCCGGGACGGACGACAUGGGGCCGGUGGUGGUGCACUGCAGCGCCGGCGUGGGCCGGACGGGCACGUACGUGGUGCUGGACAGCAUGCUGAAGCAGAUGAGAGACGAAAACGCCGUCAACAUCACGGGCUUCCUCAAACACAUCCGCACACAGAGGAACUACCUGGUUCAGACAGAGGAACAGUACGUCUUUAUCCACGACGCGUUGGUGGAGGCCAUCCUGUCCGGAGAGACGGAGGUGGCUGCGGCUCACCUGCACAGGUACGUGGACGAGCUGCUGAUCCCGGGGCCUGCUGGGAGGACGCGCCUGGACAAACAGUUCAAGCUGGUUUGUCACACCGGAGUGAAGCAGUGCGACUACGCUGCCGCCCUGCAGGACUGCAACCGCAGCAAGAACAGAAACUGCUCCAUGGUGCCUGUCGAGAGGUCGCGAGUGCGCCUGUCUGUGACGGCGGGGGACACGUCAGACUACAUUAAUGCGUCCUACAUCACGGUAAGAACCCACUUUAAAUCUGAGUCAGAGGAGGAGUUUAAUCACAGAGGAAGGCUCGUACGGUCAUAAAAACCCGAAAAAAGUCAAAGGAAUUUACAAAUGGCAAUUUACAGGCCUGUGAAAAAUUAAGAAAACUAGAUACACCCCGAAAGUUUUAGAAAAGUC